AUCUCUGACCCGUCCAGCGAUGGCCCAGCGGGCGGGGCCGUGGCCCGGGCCUGCGAGCAGUACAGCACGAAGGUGUACGCCUGUGUGCACGGGGACCGCGCCAUGGGGCCCGGGGCCUGGACCCUGGUGGGCGUGGGGCACCUCCUGCUGCUGGUGUGCAUUGUGGCCCACUGCCUCCUGCCUGACCUCAGGGCCCUCCAGGGCCAGUAUAUACUGUGCAUGGUGGUCACGCUGCUGCUAUACAACCUGAUGCUCUUCCCUGCCUCAGCCAUCGACUUCCCUGCCAGCCACGUCGCCUGUAUAGCACUCAAGGCCAUCAAGUACUUCUUCUUCUGCGGCGUGUUCCUGUGGUUCUCAGUCGUCUGCUUCGACGUGUGGCGCACGCUCAAGCGGGGGGAAGACGUUGGGGGACGUCGCAGGUUCGUGCUGUACAGCACCUACGUGUGGGUGCUGAGUGCUGUGCUCACCACAGCUGUGCUCGUCCUCAGCAUCAGCACGGGGGCUGAGGCACCCGCCAGCUCCCCAGCCAACAGCCUCCCCAUGUGCUCCCUGGGACGUGAGUAA